UAGCUCCCUGGGUCCAUGCACUUACAGUGCUGCAGGCACGUUGUAUAUGGGUAGGUCUCCUCUUCUGAAGCUACAGCUUGUCUUGGCUCAGGUUGGAGACGUCAUGGAGGCCUUGCCACGCAUGUCACAGGUGUGCUUCUCCUGGAUGUGCUUUCUACAGUAUGUCCAGGUUACCCUCUACCCGACGACCAGGGUCUUUCCCUCCCCCGCCAGCUCACUCAACUGGAGACACUCAGGGGAUGCAGGGGCACCACCGUGGGCAUCUCCAUAGCACCUGAGGAGUGCUGGCUACAGACCUUGGCUCGUGUGUAGAUGGCCUGAUGCCUCAGGAUAUAGUAGCCAUCUGGAACUCCUUGGCACAAGGGCACAUGUUUAGGACCCCUUGCUCUUUGUCCUCUCCCAGGCAGGUGUGACCCAGGCCACAGAGACCAUUGAGAUUGGGGCUAACAUGGCAGUAGCAUGGCUGUGGUGAUUGUGUCCACAGAGACAAAGGUGUGGCCUAGGCAUGUGGCACCAACACUGGUGGGGGCAGGGGUGGGGACUUCAGUGUGGCUGUGUCCAUUGUCAAGCGGGAAGCCUGGACAGGGACACAACAGCAAGGGCAGCAGUGGUGGGGCAGACUCCUGGGUGGCAGUGAGAACCCAGAGCAUGUGCACCUGGAGGAGCCCGGCCGCAGGGACUGGUGCCUGGCUGGUGGUGCUGGCACGGCCUGGAGUGGAAUCCCCUGGGAGAUAAAAAGGGGAACUGGAGCUCAGUCCUGACCUGAAAGGGGUUCUGGGUGUGAUUAGGUAGUGGGUGGAGGGGUUCAUGAGGCCACCUACCCCAGGGAAGUCCAGGCCCUGCUGGGGAAAAAGGGUGGCAACAGCGUGCUAGGGAGCACAGGAAACAUGGCCUUGGCCACUGACGGGCCCCAAGGGGCUCAGUUGGAGCCAGGAGCACAAGCCCCAGAGGGCCCAACCCUGGUCUGACAGACUGGGUCAAGCUUAAAAUGUGGCCUUAGGGCCCCCAGGCUGCCUGAGCACCUCUGCUGGACUAUGGGAGGUAAGGAAGGAAGGAUCCUGGGCCAGUGUUUUCACUACCUGGUGAUUGUCUGGGGACCCUGGUAUUUCCCCAGCCACCCUACCUCUACCCAAGGCAGUGAAUAACACAGGGAGAAAGGGGAAAAGAUUGCCCUUGGGACCCGAUACAAGGAUACACAGACCCUCCUCCUGCUUUUUCCCUUAUUUCUCUGAAGCAGAUUCACAUUUGGGAAAAAUCCCAGCUUGAGGCAGAGGAAGAUAGCCUAGGAAUAUUGCACCAGAUACCAAUGAAACCCCCAGGUCUCCCUCCCCUAGUGUUCUGUCCUGACAGCGAUCCUUCCAAUUCCUUCCUGUCUCCUUUGCCUCCAGGAAUUUUGGCUCUGUAGUCCUGGCUGGGCCACUCAUCCACAACCAAGCAUAGCAUCUGGAACAAAGGAGGUGCUUAAUUAGUGCGUUUGGUCCAUGCCUAUGGGAGAUGUGUUAGGGCAGAGUCAAUGUGAUUUGUAGGCUUUCCUCAGGUGGAGAUUCUUCCUGACAUCUGUAGCAGUUCUUUCUGUUCAAAUUUUAAUGUUCUGUCUUAGUAUAGUUAGUAUAGACUCUGUCCCUUUAGGGUCCUGCUGCUACUCUUCUCUCCCUUCCGUCCAUCUCCACUGCAGUGUUUAAGGAACCUAAUUUAGGGUUUAGGGAAAUCUCAGCACUAUCAAGAGAAGGCAGUGGUGCCUCUUUUCCAUGAGACUGAUGGCUUCUUGGACCCAUCACUUCUUCAUUCAGCCCUCGGUCUUUAAGUAGGCCUCACUUUCUCCAUCUCUGAGAAGUCUUGGCUUCUGUUUGAUGAUUAACAUUCUCAGAAAUGUCCUUUGGUCACUGUUUCAGGGUCUUGGAAGCCCUAUGUUUUGAAUGUCUAGAGCAGGAAGCUCUCUAGGUAGGAACUAUAUCUUUUUCUUUACUUCCUCCAACAAAAUGUCCAAUGCAUGUUCAGUUAGAAUAUGCUAUGAAUGCUGAGUGUGUCAGGAAAUCCCUUGAGGUGAAUCUUAAGCACAUUACCUUUUAGUUUUAAUCCUGGCAUGAAGUGAAUGCUGAAUGAGGGAGUGGGGAUAUGUGGUGUGGAUAGAGGAACCUAGUAGGAGAUUGUGAAAGGUGUCUUUGGUGGUGCAUCUAUCCUUGUUACAGGACUGCUGAGUGGGCUCCUUAGCUGCAUCUAGGACUGGCCUCCAAAUCACCACAGGCUGGUUCCACAUGGCUCCCCAGACUCUCUUCCUGGCAACUGGGACAUCCUCCAUACACUGAAAACUUGUUUACUUCUACAAGCAGAUCUUGGUCAACGAAGUUUCCAAAAGUUCCAUUUAAGCUCUCUGUCCACCUCCUCACCCAUGCAGGGUCCCACUAGUUUUCCCACUUCCAGCUUUCCUCCAGGAUUCUGCCUAAUCUACCUCCUUCACAGUUCCCCACCCUUCUCAUGAGCCCUCCUCCCAGGCACACCAGCACUCUGAUGGCCCUGCCUCCUGAUGGCUCUGCUUUCCUGAGGGCCUGGCCUUCCCAGUGCCCCAACUCCCUGAGGGCCCCGUCUAAGCUCCACCCCAAGUCCUGACUCUGCUUGUCAAGCUCCUUACCUCCUUCCCUCUCUCUUGGUUUGACUUGCACUUUCUUCUCAGGCCUUUCUCCUCUGAUACAGAAACAUCACACGGAUGCACAUCUGGGAAAAUCCCACCUUGAAGCAGGGGAAGACAGCCUAGGACUCUUGGAACAGACACAACUGAAACCUCCAGGCAUUAUGAAGGGCUAUCAAAUACCAGAUGAAAUACAAAGCAGCAGCUUUGAAGCCUGAGGAACGGACCUCGGCAGCCCCAACUCAACUUGGCUAAACUUAGCCUCACUGAACGAGAUCCCAGAGUCUGCACCCUGGACUUGCUACAGCUCUCUGAUCCUGGAAUAGUCUUCAAUUCCAGCUAGAAUGCUGCGUCAGACAUUUCGUAGAGUUGGUCAAAAACUGGUACGCAGACGUAAGCUGAAGGCACAGGUGGCUGAGAGUGACCCACGGAGAAGAUUGAGCACUCUGGAUUUAGUGACCCUGGGUGUGGGCCGCACACUGGGUGUAGGUGUGUAUGUCCUGGCUUGUGAGGUGGUCAGAAAUCAAGCAGGACCAUCCUUUGUGAUUUGUGUUUUGAUUGCUGGCCUAUCUUCAAUGUUGGCUGCGCUGUGCUAUGCAGAGAUUACUGCCCGGGUUCCCCAUUCUGGCUCUGCAUAUCUCUACAGCCAUGUCACUAUAGGUGAGCUUUGGGCUUUCAUCACUGGCUGGAACCGCAUCCUCUCCCUUGUUGCUAAUGCAGUCAUUUAUUUCCAGGUAUUGUUCUUAAUUUUUGAGUCACUGCGUGUGACACUGCAAGAAUUUAUCUUAACGCAUGUUUCCCACUACCUUAGAGAAGACCAUAUAAGCUUCAUUUUUAUGUUCGCUCUGUGGUUUUUCAUGGAUUUCGAGUAUGGUUCAACUUCCUCACUUGCCAAAGUGGUCAUGUUGGUGAAAAUUUUGGUUCUCAGUUUUGUCAUCAUCGCUGGCUUCGUUAAGGGGGACCUGCACAACUGGAAGCUCACAGAAGAGGACUACGUAAAGGCUGGACUCAAUGACACCUCAAGCUUGGGCCCUCUGGGUUCUGGAGGAUUUGUGCCUUUUGGCUUCGAGGGGAUUCUCCGUGGAGCAGCUACCUGUUUCUAUGCAUUUAUAGGUUUUGAGGAAAUUGUUACCAGAGUUGAGGAAGCCCAGAAGCCCCAACGUUCCAUCCCCAGGACCAUUGUUAUUUCACUGUUCAUCCUCUUCAUGCUGUAUUUUGGUGUCUCUUUAGCACUUACACUUAUGGUGCCUUACUACCAGCUUCAACCUGGGAGCACCUUGCCCGAGGCAUUUCUCUUUAUUGGCUGGGCUCCUGCCUACUAUAUUCUAGUGUUUGGAUUUUUCUGUAGUUUUUUGGGAAGUAUCUUUAGACUUAUUUCCCCCAUAAACCAGCUGUUACGCAAGAUGGUAGAGGAUGGCCUCCUGUUCCCUGUCAUUGCCUGGAUCCUUACCAGGAACAUCAUCACCAGAAUGUUUUUUUUAAUCUUUAUGAUCAUUGCAGCAAUCAUGACCUUCUUCUUUGGAAUCACUGAUGUUGUGGACCUCAUGUUUAUUGGGUCCAUGAUAUCUCGCUCCAUGGUUGCUAUUUGUGUUCUCAUCAUCAGGUAUCAGCCUGAGAUGCAGAAUGAUGAAAAUGAAACAGAGGUGCAGGAUGAGAAUGGACCUGCAGCAGGGAGGCUGACUCUACAGGGACUACUUUUUCCAGGCAGCCCCACCCCCACUCCACUCUCUGGCCGAGUUAUCUAUGUUUGCUCCUUACUGCUUGUUAUGCUGCUCAUUCUUCUGUGCCUGGUGCUGGCCCAGUGGCCAGUCCUGCUUUCUGGAGGCCCAGUGUGGAUUUCAGUGGUUGUGCUGCUCCUGGUGCUCAUCACUGGGGUCACUGGGGUCAUCUGGAGACAGCCUCAGAGCUCCAGUUCCCUUCACUCUAAGGUCUCUGCUCUGCCUCUCCUCCCAGUACUGAGCAUCUUCAUGAAUGUUUACCUUAUGAUGCAGGUGUCAGCUGCCACCUGGGUGGUAUUUGGUGUCUGGAUGCUGAUUGGGUUUGCUAUCUACUUCAGCUAUGGGUUCCGGUAUAGCCUGGUCUCUAACCGCACUUAAGCUAGGGCCAAAGCUGUAAACUUGGAACUCAGUAGUUCUAGUACCUAUUAUUACUUUUAUUUUUUACUUAUCUACUUUUGAAUUGUGCCUGUAGCAGCACACUGGCUUUUAAAAAUAUUAAAAAUGGGGUGCCUUGAUGGCUUAGUUGGUUAAGCAUCCGACUUCAGCUCAGUUCACAAUCUCAUGGUUUGUGAGUUUGAGCUAACAGCUCACAGCUUGGAACCUGCU